AUGAUUCAUUUUUUAUUAUGUUUUAAUAGACAGAGUAAAGUUAGAUUAAGUAAAUUCUAUUCAACAUAUACACCAACGGAAAAAAAUAGGGCAACAAGGGAGGUAAUGAAUCAAGUAUUAUCUAGGAGUCCUAAAUUUUGUAAUUUUGUUCAAUGGAGAGAAUUUACAAUUGUUUAUCAAAGAUUUGCUUCUUUAUUUUUUGUUAUGGUAACUGAUUCUACUGAUAAUGAAUUAGUAACUUUAGAAUCAAUUCAAAGAUUUGUUGUAGUUUUAGAUAUAGUAUUUGGUAAUAUUUGUGAAUUGGAUUUAAUAUAUGAAUUUCAAAGAGCAUAUCAAGUUUUAGAUGAAUUUUUAUUAACAGGUCAUUUACAAGAAUCAAGCUCUAAAGAAAUACUGAGAGCUAUCAAUGAUGCUGAAGGUAUGGAGAAAUCACUAUUAGUUGCUGAAGUAUUAGAUCAACACUUUUUAUAA